UGACUAACAGCGCACAGUAUGGUUUACGGCGGGUUGACGAUGAAAGUCUAGUGUAGCGAGGAAAAGGGCUAAGAUGACUAAAAAUGGUGAAAGGAAGAAGCCCGAUAUCUCACUUUUCCACCGAAUCGUUGCUUCUUCGGUUGGUGGGAUAAUGACAGCUUUUGUUAUGACACCCCUAGACGUCUUGAAAGUGCGGAUGCAGUCCCACCGAGUGUAUUCGGAUAGCAAAUGUCUUACUUAUUGCAAUGGGCUAAUAGAAAGGCUUUGCACAUGCUCACUUAGUCCUAACACGUGCGCUGUCUCGUGGUCAAAAAAUGCAAUGAAAUGUUCUGGCAGAUGGAAUUGGUUUACCUCCAAUGAAUCUCACUCUUGCUCCACAUGUAUCCUGCAUUCUGAAAAUCCAUCCUUUGUCACUUUCUAUCGGCGUACCCCAAGCGCUACAGUUACACUCAUGAAAAUUAUUCGUAAUGAAGGUAUUUUAUCACUAUGGAGUGGACUUUCACCAACACUUGUAAUGACUCUUCCCCAGACUGUUAUCUACUUUACUGUUAAUGAUUGGUUAAAACAUCAAGUUGGAUAUACUUCGAAAACCAGGCAUAAAUCAAUGCCAGAAAAUAUCACUGAACAGAAUUACGCCUCUGCUAAACAUUUUAUCCCACCAUUAGUUGGUGGUGUAUCCCGAGUAUUUGCAGUUAUGGCUAUCUCACCAAUUGAAUUGUUACGGACAAAAAUGCAAGCGAAGAAAAUACCCUACCGAGAAAUAACAACAUUGCUUGUUACAACAGUGAAACAGGAUGGUAUAAAGAGUUUGUGGUUAGGCACUGGGCCAACCCUUCUACGUGAUGUCCCGUAUUCUAUGAUAUUUUGGUUAACCUAUGACUAUAUGAAAUCGCAUCAUAUCAAUAAUCAAUCAAGGCUUAAUUUAUUACCACACAAUACAUCAUCAAAUACACUCGACGCAGUACAAUUCACAUAUGCACUGAGUUUUGGAGCAAUGGCUGGCUUGAUUUCUGGAGUAAUAACGCAUCCUUUCGAUGUGAUUAAAACGCACAGACAAGUUGAUUUUGGUAAUCAUUCACUAGCAUGUAGUCAUUCUUAUCCAACAUCAACAUGGGCAUCAUUACUUAAUUUGUACAGAAGAAACGGUCUUCCUGCCUUGUUCUCUGGUUUUACACCCAGAUUGAUUAAAACAACUAGUGCUUCUGCCAUAAUGAUUGCAAUUUUUGAAAGUUUAAAGGAGAAAUUUGUAAAUAUUGGAACAAGUUAAUGUGGUGUGUGUGCCUGCCUGCCAGUUCAGAACAAGAAGACAAACAUUCAAUCACUUUUACUUCCAGCCUUUUCUGCAGUCUCGUUUUUUUGAAACAUUUCUACACAUGUUAUUUUAAAAUAGUGUUACUUGUGUAGAAGCAACUAAUAUUGUGUCUUUUAUCGAUGAAGCAGCCGUCUUCAAAUGCCUAAAAUUUCACAAUUGUAGUUCAUAUCGAUUUUUACUAAUAUAUCUGACAGUUUAUCAUAUAUUACUCUACUAUCACACUCUGCACACACACACACACACAGUGUCUCUAGUAAACAUGAAUAUAUCAGAAUAUUGAAGGAUGAAGUCUC